CCUCUCAGAGAGAGAGAGAGAGAGAGAAUGUUCCAACACAAGAAGCCUUCAACUAUGAAUUCCCAUGACAGACCCAUGUGUGUUCAAGGUGACUCUGGUCUUGUCCUCACCACCGACCCUAAGCCCCGCCUCCGGUGGACUGUCGAGCUCCACGAACGAUUUGUCGACGCCGUUACUCAGCUCGGCGGGCCAGAUAAGGCCACACCGAAAACCAUCAUGAGAGUUAUGGGUGUGAAGGGUCUCACCCUUUACCACCUCAAGAGCCACCUCCAGAAAUUCAGGCUUGGGAAGCAACCCCACAAGGAAUUCAAUGAUCACUCUAUUAAGGAUGGUAUGAGAGCUUCAGCUUUAGAACUUCAACGAACUACUGCAUCUUCGUCCGCCAUGAUGGGUCGCAAUAUGAACGAGAUGCAAAUGGAGGUGCAACGAAGGCUGCAUGAACAAUUAGAGGUGCAAAGACACCUUCAGCUGAGGAUUGAGGCGCAAGGGAAAUACAUGCAAAGCAUAUUGGAGAAAGCCUGCCAAACCCUUGCAGGUGAAAACAUGGCAUCUGGAAGCUACAAAGGCAAUAUUGGACCUCAAGGCCUCCCGGCCGACAUGGGAGGCAUGAAAGAGUUCGGUUCCCCUCUCAGCUUUCCAUCUUUCCAAGACCUUAACAUAUAUGGAGGUGACCAGCUUGACCUUCAACAGAACAUGGAAAGGCCACCACUUGAUGGAUUCAUGCAAAACAAUGAUAAUAUUUGUUUGGGAAAGAAGAGGCCUAGCCCUUACAGUGGUAGUGGCAAGAGCCCCUUAAUCUGGUCUGAUGAUCUCCGGCUGCAAGACUUGGGAACAGCUUGCACCGCUGUCGAUGAUCCUUUCAAAGGCGACCAAAUUCAGAUUGCACCGCCGUCGAUGGACAGAGGCGCCGGCGCAGACAUGGAUUCCAUCUCAGAUAUUUAUGAAACAAAGCCGGUUCUCCAGAGUGAUGAAAAGAAAUUCGAAGCGGCGGUAAAGCUUGAUAGGCCGUCACCACGAAGAGUGCCACUUGCUACGGAUCGGAUGAGCCCUAUGAUCAAUACCGGCGCCAUGCCGCAAGGAAGAAAUUCACCAUUUGGGUGAAUGUAAAUUGACUGCUUAGACAUUAGUGACUUAAUUAAUAUUAAGCUAUGAGAUGUAGGAGUUCAUGAGUUAGGGUUUCGACUAAAAAAACUAUGGUAUAAUGCCUUUGCAUGGCAAAUCUUAUAAGUUAUUGUUAUUCUAACCAAGUACAUUGGUGCUUUAUUGUGAACCAGGUAAGUUCUUGAUGCCUCUUAAGCUUACUCUAUUAUAUACCUCAUAGCUUAUUGAUUUA